AUGCAACAGGUUUCGCCUGACCGCCUUCAAGCGUGGAUCGAAGGCACGGCGAAUAUCGAUCUGGAUUCGCCAUCCGUCGAUGGACGGUCGUGGUCCAAUGGCGAAGAUCCCUCGCCGUCCCGUCGUCCGGGACGUGCAGGCGAGGGUAAUUCAGACUCAUGUACUAGUGGUUGGCGUGGAAUCGAGAGUACUUUGGAGCGGAAUGAAUCUGGGGAUGAAGAUCUUUUUCUUACGCCAACUUCCUCCGAUGCGUCACGGACACCAAUACCAGAUCGUAGGACGGCCAACAACUCUGCUGAUGUGGCGUUGCCUAACUCUAGUUCGGGGACUAGUGGUGGUGGAGGAGGAGCAGGCUUUUUCUCACGGUUUUUGCCAUUCCGAAACAACAGUCAACCAGCACCGUCGCAGCCACCAGUGUCAGCUACGCCAUCCAAGACCAAAGCUUCUGUGCCGACACUCGCGCCAGAACGUUUGUCAUGCCAAUUUGAAAACUUGAAACGAGUGCUCAAACGUCAUGGGGCUUAUGCAUUGGACUUCCGCGGAGAAAGUCACAUGUUCAAAGCCACAGCUACUGGUAUACUUACUAAUCUUUCUCAUACAAUUGAACUAAUGCAACAAAAUGAGGAACAGUGGCGCAGACGAUUUGAGCGUGAAGUAGAGCGAAAACGUCGGUUGGAAGAAACCCAACGAGCCAUGGCUCAGGAGUUGGCUCAUUUGCGUCAACUCACAGGACUUGAAGUGUCUGCGAACAGUGCCACUUCAACGGCAGGCUCAACGCAUUCACCUCAUUCUAGUGCGGUGCACACAUCGAGCUUACCCAAUGGACAUAGUCGUCCGCCAGUGCCUGGUCGAAUUCCGAGUUCUGGUAGUGUGGAUCUACAUGAGCCUGGCUCUUACGACACGAGACUUAAUAAUCACACUGGGUCUCGUUCGCAUUACGGUAUAGUUGGACCAGACUUGGAGGAGGGUCCGAAUUCGCCUAUUCGGGAAGAGGAAUUUUACGAUGCAAUUGACGCGGAAUCGGAUCGCAUAGAA